AUGGAGCGUUCUGUUUCCGUAGUGUUGCCUGAUCUCCCCACUGGAAGCUAUGUAGUCUAUCUCAAGGUCACUAGCGAGCGAGACUCCAACGCUCAGUCCGUUGAGCAGGUCGUUAAGCGCGAGGCUGCUGACAGGACUGAGAACAAGAAGCUUGCUCAGGUUGGCUAUGCUUAG